AUGUCGCCCUUUGAACACCUCCCUACAUCUGCUACUGGUACUGCCUCCAAGCAGCAAGCCUCCUCCACCGAGUCCAACGAAUCUGACUCCUCUUUUCCCGAUCACAUCCAGUCACUGUUGACCAAGUACGACGUUACGACCAACGGGUUUCUCCCGGAGGGACCACCGCUUGAGGUACUGCCGGACGAGUACUAUGCCCCAUGGGAAGACCUCAUCAGACGGUUGCCAGAGACGCUGGAUGCUGGCACGUUUCGAGCGGAGGUUGAUCGCUUGCCGGUUUUGCAAACGGAACGACUGAUGAAAGAAGAAGAAUGGAGGAGGGCGUAUGUCGUGUUGUGUUUCUUUGCGCAUGGGUAUAUUUGGGGAGGUAGUAGACCGUCCGAGGUGAGUUCUUCGUUUAUGGCGGCCUAG